GGUCACUUCCUGUGGAGUUUCCCCAGCCCGAAGAGGAGGGGGAAGAGGACGAGAGGGAGGAGGGCGGUCGUCCGGGGUUAGGUUGAGGGGGGGUGUCGGUCCGUUCAGGGCGGGGGAUGACUCACGGCCCAUCCCAUCUUUCCGACGCCGCCCGCCCGCGCAGAACCGGCUCCAUGGCUUAGCAGAGGAGGCGGUGGCAAGCAGGGGGGAGGGAGACUUUUAUUUUGUUAGGGGGACCGGGCCGAGGCCCGACCAGCCUGGCAGGGCUCGCCCGGGGCCGGGCGUCAUGUCUCAUGCAGCCGAGCCAGCUCGGGACGGCGUAGAGGCCAGCGCGGAGGGCCCUCGAGCAGUAUUCGUCCUAUUGGAGGAGCGCAGGCCAGCCGAAUCGGCCCAGCUGCUCAGCCUGAAUUCUUUGUUGCCAGAAUCGGGAAUUGUCGCUGACAUCGAAUUAGAAAACAUCCUCGAUCCUGAUAGCUUCUACGAACUCAAGAGCCAGCCCCUCCCCCUGCGUUCCAGCCUCCCAAUAUCACUACAGGCCACACCAGCCACCCCAGCGACACUCUCUGCAUCAUCUUCCGCAGGGGGCUCCAGGACCCCUGCCAUGUCGUCGGCUUCCUCCUCUCGGGUCUUGCUGCGGCAGCAGCUGAUGCGGGCCCAGGCACAGGAGCAGGAGAGGCGUGAGCGUCGUGAACAGGCCGCAGCAGCUCCCUUCCCCAGCCCUGCACCUGCCUCUCCUGCUAUCUCUGUGGUUGGUGUCUCUGCUGGGGGCCACACCUUGGGCCGUCCACCCCCUGCUCAAGUGCCCAGGGAGGUGCUCAAGGUGCAGACCCACCUGGAGAACCCAACACGCUACCACCUGCAACAAGCGCGCCGGCAGCAGGUCAAACAGUAUCUGUCUACUACACUUGGACCCAAGCUGGCUUCCCAGGCCCUCACCCCACCACCAGGGCCUGCAAGUGCCCAACCGCUACCUGCCCCCGAGGCUGCCCAUGCCACCAGCGGCCCCACAGGCAGUGCUCCAAAUAGCCCCAUGGCGCUGCUCAGCAUUGGGUCUAGCUCAGAAAAGGAGAUCGAUGAGGUCAUUGAUGAGAUCAUCAGCCUGGAGUCCAGCUACAAUGAUGAGAUGCUCAGUUAUCUGCCGGGAGGCACUGCAGGGCUACAGCUCCCCAGCACGCUGCCCGUGUCAGGGAAUCUGCUUGAUGUGUACAGUAGCCAGGGUGUGGCCACGCCAGCCAUCACCGUCAGCAACUCCUGCCCGGCGGAGCUGCCCAACAUCAAGCGGGAGAUCUCUGAGACCGAAGCCAAGGCUCUUUUGAAGGAACGGCAGAAGAAAGAUAAUCACAACCUGAUCGAGCGUCGUAGGCGAUUCAACAUUAACGACAGGAUCAAGGAACUGGGCACUCUCAUCCCCAAGUCCAGUGACCCGGAGAUGCGUUGGAACAAAGGCACCAUCCUGAAGGCCUCUGUGGAUUACAUCCGCAAGCUGCAGAAGGAGCAACAGCGCUCCAAAGACCUGGAGAGCCGGCAGCGAUCCCUGGAGCAGGCCAACCGCAGCCUGCAGCUCCGAAUUCAGGAGCUAGAACUGCAGGCCCAGAUCCAUGGUCUCCCCGUACCUCCUGCCCCAGGGCUGCUCUCGCUGGCCACGACUUCAGGCUCUGACAGCCUCAAGCCGGAGCAGCUGGACACUGAGGAGGAAGGCAGGCCAGGCACAGCGACGACGUUCCAUCUAGGCGGGGGACCGGCCCAAAGUGGCCCUCAGCAGCAGCCCCCAGCACCGCCCUCAGAUGCACUUCUGGACCUGCACUUUCCCAGUGACCACCUGGGAGACCUGGGGAACCCCUUUCGCCUGGGGCUGGAGGACAUUCUAAUGGAGGAGGAGGAAGGGAUGGUGGGAGGACUGUCAGGGGGUGCCCUGUCCCCGCUGCGGGCUGCCUCGGACCCCCUGCUCUCCUCAGUAUCCCCUGCUGUCUCCAAGGCCAGCAGCCGCCGCAGCAGCUUCAGCAUGGAGGAGGAGUCCUGAUCAGGUCUCAUCCCUCCUCUGGGCCUCCCCCUGACCCAGGAAAGGAGGACCAGUUAGGCUGAGUCCUGUCUCCCCCCCACCCUUUCCAGGAGACUGCCCUGCCCAGGUAUUCUGGGGGGGGAGGAAAGAGGAGAUGUGAUCAGGCUAGGAGGAGGAGUCAGAUGAGGCCCCUCCCCUUCCCCAAAGGGCCAACCCUGGGCAGAUUGCUGAGGGAGAGGGCAGCCCAAAGUGGUGAGAACAGGGCCUGUCCCCUCACCCCUACCACCGCUGCUGCUGUGGUACCUGCCCUUGCCCAGAUGAGGGAAGAAGACAGGGGGAGGUCCUGGCUGGGUCUCCCAGGAAACAAAGGUCAGGACAGUGCUCCAGCCCUUUCUCUUGAAAUGCCCGUCUAGUCCAUGCUUGUGGGGGAAGAGGAGUCAAAAUGAAGGAAGUCCUACUUGCAGGAGUUAGAGGGGCACAAGGGUGGGCAGGGGGUGGGGUGAAAACCCUGGCCCUUCCCCUUGAACCCUACCCUGCUCAGGCAAGGAAGAGAAGUGAGGUUGAGACUUGGUCCCUUUGCCUGGAAACUCAGUACUGGCCUUCUAGGAAUGGAGGCGUUAGGCCCCUUCCAUUCCCUAUAGCAACAGCCCAACGCAGGCAUCUCAGGUGUUGAAGAACCCCGCCUUCCCCUGUGAAGGUCACAGUGAACCGCCAUGCCCUUGGCCUCUGAGCACCAUCCCAUCCAAACAUUCCAUGCUGCAGGGAGGAGUGGCACUUCCCCUGCCUUAACCCAGGACCAACCCGAGCUAACCUAGAAGGGUGCUAAGCUGCCCUUGCUCUUGAGA